CCGCACACCAGACGUCCACCUCAUCAGAACUUUCUCUUUCGCAGACUGAAAAGGACUGAAGAUCUGUUAAAUCACACCAUGGCCUCUUUGACCGUCCUGUCCGUGUUGCUGGGUGUGGUCGUGUUGGCGAUGCUGCCUGGCGUUCCCCACGUCGAGGCAAACGCAAUCAGCGAGUGCUGGGACGCCUGGAGCCGGUGUACUGGCUGGAGCAGCGCCCUCACCGGCCUGGCCUGACAGACGUGUCCUCAGAGAUGUCGGUGUAAAGGUCAUCAAGGUGGCAACUGCGUCCUUGCUCCGUCCAGAUGUCCACUGGCCAGCGAAACCUACCAGUGUCAGUGCUAUGGGAGAAGGCAAGGACCACGUCCGGCGUGGUGCGGCGUUUAAAGAGAGUCGUUUUGUUGCUGUCAGUCUUUGUUUCCGCGCGUGAACAAAGUCAGUAAAACCAUCAACAACUGAAUCUGUUUUUUGAGAUCUUACUCGAACUUGAUUUAUUUUUUUACAAUCCAUUCUGAAUUCUAGUCCUCCGAUUUGAUAUUAACUUAGCGAAAAACUGCUUCUAGUCUUAAAAUGUUUUGACUGUUUGUGUCCAAAUUCAUUAAGUUAAAUAUUACUCCAACUUGACUGUUUUCAAACCAGUUUGAAUUCUAAUUCUCGGAUUUGAUUUUUAAAAAUAAACUGUUUCUUGUUUAA